AUUAAUAAGAGGACUGUUGAUAUUGAACCACUGCAAUCAGCCAAUCAGAGAGAAGGAUAUCCACUGCCUGCUUGUUGAUCUGAACAGCUGUUUUCUAGAUGUAACAUAUAUGGUAGUGCAGUUCAGGGACCAAUCAUUGAGGGAUGCUGUGAAUCCUGCUGUCUCCAGACUCAUGAGAUCUCUCCACUUUCCAAAGGUUUACAGGGAGAAGAUGAUCUUCCUCAUCCUGCAGCUCCUCUUCCUCGCCUCCUGUGUCUCUGGAACAUUUGUAGUGAAUGUGACUCAGACUUCCUAUCAGGCAGAGGAGAACCAGAACAUCACCCUGGAGUGGACCUUCAGCACCAGAAGAGAAACUAACUUCAGAUCCAUUUCUACCAUCUGUUUCCUGUAUACUAAUGACCGAACCUCAGUUCUGUUUGAACUACGUGAAGGUGUUGAAUCCCCAGAGUCUCAGGAUCCAGAGUUUGCAGGACGAGUCCAGUGGGACAAAGACGUCCUCACAGAAGGACGCCUCACACUUCAUGUCUCCAGACUCAGGACCAGUGACUCUGGGUUUUAUGUUUGUGCCAUACUCGUCAGACCUGAUGGGAUUAACUCUAGGAGAUGCUGGCUCAGCGUCACUGCUGCUGCUGAGCUCCAAACUCAGAGACCAACAGAGAGUCCACAACCAGAGAGCUGGAGAAACUUCUGGAUCUAUGUUGGACUGCCAGUUACAGCAUUUCUACUGUCUCUCUUUGCUGCUAUCUUUGUCCUCAACGCUCGGCUUACUAAAUCUCCUUAUAGGAAAAAAGUUCAAUGUAGAUUCCAGACGAUGAGUUCCUCAGAGAAACAAACCCAAAGAGUCUGAAACCCUCUUCAAAUGAAUCGUUGGAGCAUAAUGUUAUAAAACAAGAAAAGUUCAAGGUUCUCAUCAUCUUCUGAUCUAACUGUCAGAAAACUACUGAUGAUGGAAGAAUGUAUAUUUGUAUGCAGAAGCUAUUAUGAAAAGAACCACAAAGCGUAAUACGUAGUGUUUAUUGAUGUAUUCACUGUUUGCUGUAAUCACAUUACAUUCUGUGAGCACUACACAAACUUGAAAGACACUUUAAAAGAUCACUGGAAAUGAUUCAGAUGUAUCCACCAUGUUUUAACUAAUUGAUCCUUGACUGGAUUUAUCCGUGCUGAUUGUAUAUUUUCAACACAUGCUUUGUAGGAAGAAAUGAAUGUAGUAACAUUACAUCUAGUUAGUAGGAGUCGAAGAAAUUCAAGUGUUGCUGAAUUGCAGCUGAAGUUAUAUAAAUAUAUGUUAAAGUAGAAAAACAUUACUUUUUUUCCCCUCCGUUAUCCAAAAUGUGGUUUGUAAAGUCUCUGCAGUGCAGAGCAGAACAGGGUUUUUGUAUUUGGUGCAUUACUGCUUAUUUUGAAGAGACAUAUAUGUUUUCUUUUGUUUAGUACAGUAGCAGCUGAAUUUUCUGAGAAUGUGAUUGUUAAACCAAAAAAAACUAAGCGCUUGUUGAGUUAAUUUAGGCCUUGCAUCUGAUUCACCAGCACUUCCUAUGGUAUGUUGUUGCUUGAAGUGAAUAUAUCUGCACUUUCCUUGUUGUUCGGAGUUUGAUUCUUUAUGGUUUUUGCACUUAUUGGAAGUCGCUUUGGACAAAAGCAUCAGCUAAAUGAUAUGAAAUGUAUGUACAUAUUCAUUUUGAGUUAAAUACUAAUGUUACUUUGCUAUUUUUGUUGGACGAUGUAUGCAUACGGGUUUCUAAAGGUGGAGUAAAGGAUGCAUUACUGUG